AUGGAACGAUUCCGGCAAAUAUCUUGGCCAACCAGUGUUCAGGAGUCUACUCUCAGGCCGAAGAAAGUCAGCUGCACGAUUGCCGUUCACGCAGAAUACCGACGUGGCACGCAUAGAAGCGAAGGCGCUACGCUCGUUGAUAGUAUCUACAAGGACACAGGCUGCGUUGUGGUGGCUUACUGGGAGCAGUCUACAAUCAAGCGCUUCGACGUGUACCCAGGUGCUGGCUUGACGGACGCUGUUGCUGCUAUCAACAAAUGGAUUGCUCGAGGCGCCCAGAAGAGCAAGGAAUCUGCCGUUUGGGCAAAGACACCCGCCUUCAACCAAUCCCAGUGGUACCAGGACCAACUUGAGCUCCUAGAACAGGAGAGGAUGGAGCUUUUCCUGGGCCCAGUACCAGACACGCGAGAGAAUGAGGCUGUACGGCCAAGAAUCACCAUCGAUUGGCCCGAAGACCUUCUCGGCAUUGAAGUCACACCUCCGACCGUCUUUGGUAACACGCUGCAAGCCUUGGACGACAUCAGAAAGCGAGAUGGAGUCUUCAUCACACUCUUACCAAACAACAAGAUUGAGAUCCUCGGGUUUGACAUCAUCAAUGUCGAAGCAGCAGAAGCUCAUUACAGAACAUUGGUCGAGAGGAUACGGAGUGAGAAGUGCAGUCUUCAGCAAGUGACCAACAUGAUAUUGGAUGAGCGAGAAGGCAUUGAUGUCGUGCUUCUUCCAGCCGAGAACUGGUGGCCCAAUCACGCCCACAGAGUUGUUCCGCGUUUGCUACCAUCCCCCAUCAUGGAUCAAUCAGGAAGCUUUCGAGAAGAUGGACUGGACGAUACUCAGAUCAUCGUAAUCCGGAAUUCCAUCAAGCACGCGCUUGAAGCAGUGAGUUACAAGAAAGGUUCCUAUGAAUUUGUUGUGCGUCUCGGCUGCAUCGCUCUUGACUCAAAGAAGGUGGGAGAAGACCAGAUUGGGAGGAGACAUGGGAAGGAGAAAUUCACCAAAUCGAUCGAUGGCACAAUCGAUCUGGUGCCGAAGAAAUGGCUCCUCGCCAACGUACUCGGAAGUCAACUCUAUCAUCGUCUUGUUGCGGCUGACGAAGUUCUGGAACCUGUCAAGUCAGCUGGCUACUGGGGUACUAUGCCUGCCAGCUUGAGCAAAACUCACCCGUCGUUGCGUGGAAUCUGGAUCUUUCGAGACCCCAAUAGCUCUCAAAGGCAACCUCAACCGCUUGCUCGUAAUGUUGGGCGACCGACGCCUUUGGGGCAGUCAUUACCCGCUGCAGGUACCAGCAUACCAAGCAGUUUAAUCAUAGUUCAAGUCGACUGGACCGACGAUGGGGAGGGCUUGUAUGACAAGACUGAUUCGAGAUUCUACAAGCUUGAGGCAGGUAAGGGCGGUGCCAAAGUGAACAUGGAUAUCAAUUUGCUGGAGUUGGGAGAGCAAGUUCCACCAAGUCUGGCGGUCCGACGUUAA